CGUGGUGCUCGCUUGUCAAAAAGGCUGCGGGCUGACGAACGUCAGUAUGUUGCGCGCGAUGUGUGACACGAAAAGCCAUCGUUAAAUCGCAUACGACAAGCUCCGGUUAGGCGCGACUUAAAGUGCGGUAGCGAAAAAAGCUGAAGAAACGCUUCCAGAGUAAGGAGAUCUACGUAGUGUCGGAUAAUCUGUGUGUACAAGUGCCAAGAUUGCGGUUUACGUGCGUGUAUCAUGGUUAAAUUCAAGAUGCUAUUCGUGGUGUUCUGCGUCCUGUUAAUUGGACAUCAUGUACAAGCGGUAGUCAACAAGGCGACCUCGCAAGUGACGUUAACUAAGGAAGAAGAAAAAUCCAAGGUUAAAGCUGAAGACCGAAUAAUGAAUACUUUUGAUUCUCCGUCUGACGAAUAUGGGCCACCGUUGGGAUCUGGUUUUAAAGGACCAGCGCCAGUAUAUGGGCCGCCGGAAUUAAUCGGCAAUCUUGGACCGACGCCUAUUUAUCCACCGCCACCUCCGGAAGUACCACCACCUGUAUCAUUUGAUUCUUUGGCCAUUUCUUACGGACCACCACGAAAUAUCAAGCCGCAAUAUGGACUGCCGAAACAAAGUUUCGGUUUGGCAACGUCCCUUUUUUCUAAACCUAUUUAUGGCCCGCCAAAAUUUCAUUAUGGACUGCCAAAACAACAUUUCAUGCCGCCGUUGGUUCCAUUUCCACCGUUUAGAUCACCAAAACCUCAGUACGGUCCGCCAUUGAAGCUCGUCGCUACAUCGAGUCAGCAAUAUAUACCGCCCAAGCCAGGUCACGGACCACCUAUUCCUAUACCGCUCGAGACUUACGAUCCACCACCUCCGAAAUUAGCUAUUCAGUUUAAUCCUCUGCCCAAUGACGAGUACGGACCACCGCCGCCUCCCGUAUCUGUGCCGCAACCGCAGUACGGUUCACCAGCUAGUGAUUUAUACGGACCUCCACCGCCAGCACCUCCACCAGGAGUUCCAGCACCACCCACACCCCCUGACAUAAAGUACGAUGGAUGGCAGCCCAUCGCAGGAUCGGCUACCACCCCUAAUCAAAGUGGUCUUCUGACAGAUACAUAUGGCCCUCCUCUCGAGGCGAAGCAUAAUCAUGCUGAAAGUUCGUCGGGAUCGCAAUUGUCUCAUGCUUCAUUGAGCGCCUCAAUGAAUGCGAAUGUGCCCAGCGAUUCUUACGGUGUGCCAUUACAAAAUCCCGAAGAUCAAAAUCUAAAGACAUCUGUGCACGAGUCCUCGGCUUCCUCAGAGAGUAACGGAUUACCGCCGCCGCCGUUGCCACAAAACGAACCCCUGCACAACAAUCAAGGUCCGGGUGUCAUUACUACAACCAGUCAAUCCGAUCAUCAAUUUGGUCGACAACAAUUAAACUUGCAGUACGGAGCGCCGAAUGUCGAACCUUUGUCCAUUGUAAAGACAGUAGGAUUUGAAUUGUUGCCUACAACUGGCGCUUUGAAUACGGACCUCUUAGGUUUAUCAUUAUCAGGUGGUACUUCUGAUAUCUCAUCGUUUAAUCACAUCUCGAAUUCGGUCAAUACCAAUUCUGCGCCACUUCAUUCGGGGUUAGAAUUAACAGCAAACAGUGGCGGAUUCCAUGCUGAUGCUCUAAGCAGUGGCGGAGAUUUUCACGGAUUUCGAAAUAUAGGGAACGAUCUAUCCUUGCAGCAACUUCCGCAGCAGACGCCAUCAAAUGAUUAUGGCCCGCCUUUAACAUCUGCCACUUUUGGAAAGCCUGAUGAUAUAUCAAGAGUACCUUUGCUUUCUCCUCCACCUUUAAAUUCUUAUAGUGCACCACCUCUAUCUUCUUACUCGCCUAAUGGUCUUUACCCUGUGGCGCAUGGAGGACGAGGUUCAUUGUUUUCAUCAUUUGGAAUAUUUGGAGGCUCUUUCCAUAAGCCGAGCUUGCAUUCUCAUCGACUUCAUGGUCCAUUCAGGCCACCGCCAAUUCCUGUUGGUUCUUUGAUACCACCACGAAAUCGAGAACCGAUUAAAUUCAGAGAACCAAUACCAACGGGAUUAUUGUCAAAUAUUAAUCGAUAUUUGCCACCACCUGCAAAGCAGCAAUUACCAAAUCUUCAUGUGCCAGUAUCUUUCCGCCACACAUCGGGACCGAGCAAUUUAUUUUCAAGCUCUUUUGGAUCGUCUGGUUCAUUUAAUGUACACAAUUUAAAUUCACCAAUUGCUGCGCCUCAUGUUCAAUACGGAACUCCAUUAUCUUUCAACGAUUUUAAUACACCAGCACCACACUUAACUUAUGGAGCACCUAAUUUUGGCCCAUCGACUUCUUUUGUUUCAACAUCUUCCGGAUUUGGUAGUAACCUCUACAACGGAAUUAGUAAUACGCUGACAACGUACGGCACACCUGUAGUAAACGCGCCAUUAUCAAUCGGUGGCAGUUACGACUGCAAUUCCUUGCAGCCACUCUUGCCCGUGAACGGGGCGUAUUCAAGUAGAGGACCGUCCGCAACCGGAGAGCUACCUUUAAGCGGUAGUUUACCUUCAGGCGGAGAAUUGCAUUCCAGCGGAGAGCUACACUCGAGUGGAGGCUUAUCUUCAGGUGGUGGAGCGCUCUCGAGCGAGGGACUAUCAUUAGGUGGCGAAUUACCCGCGCAUUCUAGCGGUAAGCUACAACUUGGUUUUGAAAAUACCGGAGCUCCCGUUGGAAAUGUGGACAGUCACAAUCCAGUUUUUACGGGAAAUGAUUUAUCCGACGUCAACAAUCAAAAUUCCAUUUUUGCAGAUAAUAUACUGCCACAUCCAAAACCACUUGAUAAUUUUCUGGGGGGGCCUCCAGUGAGCACGCUGGAUUUAGAAAAUAAUGAACAGCCGAAGAUUAAUUUAAAAGACAGCUAUGGUAAUCCUAUAGGACUAACUUACGAUUCGUCCAACGAAGCGAGUGAUACCAGAGCUGUUCAAACAUCUAUCGCAGAUGUUUCGAAUGAGCUUUCCACGCAUUUGCCUAGUCAGUCUCGUAACACCUACUCCGCAACAGCGUUGUUCGAACAUGGUUCAGGACUUUCAGCUGAAGCGUUGGUAGCACGUUUGACCGCGCAAAGCUUUGACCAAGAAAAAAAUAUCGGAUCGAAUGAGGUGGACGCUAGUCAAUUUCUGAAAACAAGCGAGGGUAGUGAGGCAUUGUCUCUUGCCCAAAAAUUGACAGCUGACAAUGCCGACGGAUUUGAGAUUCACGGUUCAAAAGGUACUUAUAAACUACAAAUACAACCAGCGGAUGGAGGAUUGGGCACUGAGAACUCGGAUGGCAGCAUCAGACACGAUCAGGUGUUAUCUAAUGGUCUUCUUCAGGACAUACUAGCUGCCAUAGAGCAGCCUAUAGAGGAAAAUAGCGCUACACAAUUUCAAGGUUUACCUCAGGCUCAACAAUUAAAUAAAGUUUAUGGUCCUGAUUUGUCACAAGAAACUGGUGUUACUAAUCACUUUACCACCGUAGAUAGUCAAGCGCAAAACAACGGACUACAAGAUCGAAGCGAAAAAGUUAGCGAUAGGGAUAAAGAUAGGAAAGAUUCGUCAGUGGCUUUAUUUUUUGAUACUAAAUACGGACAAGUGAAAAAAGAGAUUAGGUCGGUGUCGAAAAAUGAGACACAAGUCAUGAGGGAAAACAAGCAGAGCAACAAUAAAACAAAAUCCUCGUAAAUUAAUUCAUAAGUGUGUGCCUUUGUAAAAAUAUUUUAUAGUAUUCUUAAUAUUGCCUCACAAUCGCCCUGAUUUUCUGCAGAGAUUUGUCGAUUUCCACUUCCGACGAGCGAAAACAGAUACCGCUGCUAACGUGAUGCCAUUUACUUUCUUUGCUUGUAAGUGAUCAUCAAAAUCUAUCAGUAAAAUAUCGAUCUUUUAUUAAAAUUGUGUAUC